GUCUUCUUUAGCCAUAUGUGGCGCAUAUGCUUUUUAUUUUACGAUCUUUGGCUCAAAACUGCCUUUUGACCGCCUGCCGCUGGUUCUUGACCAGAGAAGGUGACUCGUGCCUCCCAGCGGUGACGUUAUUCUGUCCAGUGAGCACGCCGAGCGCGGUCCCCUCUCGCGAUGCAGGCUGUAGCGGCGCUCCGCCAGGUGCGGGUGGCCUCUCUGGCGCGUCUGCCGGCCGCCCUGCAGUGGCGCACCUACUCGGACUCUGCGCAGCACGACGCCGACCUGGUUGUGAUCGGCUCCGGACCCGGCGGCUACGUGGCCGCCAUCAAAGCCGCCCAGCUCGGACUCAAGACCGUCUGUGUGGAGAAGAACGAGACGCUGGGCGGCACCUGCCUCAACGUCGGCUGCAUCCCGUCCAAGGCGCUGCUGCACAACUCGCACCUCUACCAUGAGGCCGUGCACGAGUUCAAAAACCGAGGCAUCGACGUCGAGGGCGUCAAACUCAACCUGGAGCAGAUGAUGAACACAAAGAAGAAGGCCGUAUCCGGCCUCACCUCCGGUGUCGCCUACCUCUUCAAAAACAACAAAGUGACGCACGUCAAGGGACACGGCACCAUCACCGGCACGAACGAGGUGACCGCUACGGCCGCCGACGGCUCCAAGGAGGUCAUCAAGACCAAGAACAUCCUGAUCGCCACCGGCUCCGAGGUGACGCCGUUCCCGGGCAUCGAGAUCGACGAGGACACGAUCGUGUCAUCGACGGGCGCCCUCUCGCUGAAGCAGGUGCCCAAGAAGCUGGUGCUGAUCGGCGCCGGUGUGAUCGGCCUGGAGCUCGGCUCGGUCUGGUCGCGGCUGGGCGCCGAGGUCACGGCCGUCGAGUUCCUCGGCCACGUCGGCGGCGUGGGCAUCGACGCCGAGGUGUCCAAAAACUUCCAGCGCAUCCUCGGCAAGCAGGGCAUCAAGUUCAAACUAGGCCACAAGGUGACCGGCGCCGAGCGCAGCGGCGACAACAUCUCCGUCUCGGUCGAGAACGUCAAGGACUCGAGCAAGAAGGAGACGCUGGACUGUGACGCGCUGCUGGUCUGCGUGGGCCGUCGGCCCUACACCGACCGGCUCGGCCUCGAGAAGAUGGGCAUCGAGCGCGACGAGAAGGGCCGCAUCCCGGUCAACUCGCGCUUCCAGACGGUGAUCCCCAACAUCCACGCUAUCGGCGACUGCAUCCACGGCCCGAUGCUGGCGCACAAGGCCGAGGACGAAGGCAUCGUGUGUGUGGAGGGCAUCGCCGGCGGCCCGGUGCACAUCGACUACAACUGCGUGCCGUCCGUCAUCUACACCUUCCCCGAGGUGGCCUGGGUGGGCAAGACCGAGGAGGACCUGAAGGCCGACGGAGUCGAGUACAAGGUCGGCAAGUUCCCCUUCUCGGCCAACAGCCGCGCCAAGACCAACCAGGAGACGGACGGCUUCGUGAAGGUGCUCGGCGACAGCGCCACGGACCGCAUGCUGGGCGUGCACAUCAUCGGCCCGGGCGCCGGCGAGAUGAUCAACGAGGCCGUGCUGGCCAUGGAAUACGGCGCUUCGUGCGAGGAUCUGGCGCGCGUCUGCCACGCCCACCCCACCUGCUCCGAGGCACUGCGGGAAGCCAACCUGGCCGCCUACUGCGGAAAGGCCAUCAACUGCUAGGCGACGGCGGCUCGGCUCGGCUCGGCAGUCUGUGGACUGCGGAGCGGGGAGGGCUGCUGCAAAUACUAUUGAGUGAUAGACGGACGCGGGCUCCGGUGGAACGGAGUCUGUCAUGUGAGUUGGGAUCGAUGAACGCCACAGCGGGUACGGGAGCCGGCGGCGCUCUGAGCCGCGCUGUACGGGGAGCCGGCGGCGCUCUGAGCCGCGCUGUACGGGGGGCCGGCGGCGCUCCGAGCCGCGCUGUACAGGGGUCGGCGGCGCUCUGAGCCGCGCUGUACAGGGAGCCGGCGGCGCUCUGAGCCGCGCUGUACGGGGGGUCGGCGGUGCCGUAACAAGGUCCCCGGGUGCAUCGUGCCGGGGGUCUGUUAGUUCACCUGAUCUGGUAAACGUCUAAACGCAUUAUGCAUUUUCUUCAAUUAUUCUCAAGGUAAUUUUUGGAGAAGUUGAGGUUCCGAGUCGCUGCCAGUGUGGUGUUUGUUGAACGGUCAUGGUCAUCGGUAUGAAUGCCACCUUCUGCCCCGUAGUGCGCGCGUGUAGAUAUUUCAUGACUGAUAUAUGUUUUAUCCGAUACUAAAAACUGUGUGGUGCUCUCGGUUGUUGUUAUGUUCUGGUUUCGAAUACAGAUGUGUCUGUGCCCGAGA